AACCGAACCGAAGCGUUCAGCGCUAGGAGACGGUACACAAGACGCUGUGAAGGCCUUUGGAAAAGGUUCGCCGAUCAGUUCCGAGACGCAACGCUUGCUCAACGGACUCUAGUGUGUCUAUCCUUGUGACUGUGCACGAGACACCUGCCGUAUUUGCAAAGCUGCAAACAUGUUCCGAUCGUCUACCGUGCUCCUAGUGACGGUGGCAGUGCUUGCUGGAAACGUCUGCACUGCAGCCCGUCGUGAUGUGAGAGUCCGAGGCCCACAGCCCCAGAUCGUCGUGGUGGAAGAGUACGAGGAAAAGCUGACGACUCUACCCCCGCCACCGAAGCCGUACGCCUUCAGCUACUCCGCUGGACGUGCGCCAGGACACGUCGACCGUACGCACAGUGAGGUGUCCGAUGGAAAUGGUGUCGUGCGCGGUUCCUUCUCGUACGUCGAUCCACGGAACCAGGUUCGCACCGUCGACUAUACGGCCGAUUCGCACGGAUUCUAUCCGGUGCUGAGCCAUCUGCCCAAAACGCCCCAACAGACGGAGGCGGUCGCCCAGGCCCAGCAGAAACAUUACGCUCUGUACAACAAGAUUGCGCAAGAGCAUGCCGAUGCCCACAGCGGACUGACGGUGGAACCGAAGCUGCCCAAGGACACGGUCGCGGUGGCGAAAGCGAAAGAUCGCCAUUUUUCACUGUACGAGAAGAUUGCCCAGGACCAUGCAAGAAUCGGAGCGGAACAGGAAGCGCAACGGUUGGCCUUUGAAGCUACCUCGGUGAAAUAUGAGGAGUGAUCGGUGUCGGUGGACGAAACACGAACCAGCAGAGGCAUCAGGCCGAGCGUGUUUGGCUGAAACGAAUUAAAUGCAAAUGUGAUGAUACAUCAAUAAAUCGAUAAAUGGUAAACAAUCGAUCA